AUGGCCUCAGCAGAAGAGUCUCACCCAAGCCAUGAGGAGUCUGAGCUGGCUGUGAACCCCUUUGAUGGGCUCCCCUUCUCUUCUCGCUACUAUGAGCUGCUUGAGCAGCGCCGAGCCUUGCCCAUCUGGCCUGCUCGCUUCCUAUUCUUGGAGCAUUUGGAAAGUAGCCCUGCCGGAGUGGUGCUGGUGUCUGGGGAGCCUGGUUCUGGCAAGAGCACCCAGAUUCCUCAAUGGUGUGCAGAGUUUGCGCUGGCCAGGGGGUUCCAGAAGGGCCAGGUUACUGUCACUCAGCCCUACCCUUUGGCAGCCCUAAGCCUGGCUUCCCGGGUGGCUGAUGAGAUGGACCUGACCCUGGGUCUUGAGGUUGGAUACAGCAUCCCUCAGGAGGACUGCACCGGGCCCAACACCAUGCUCAGGUUCUGCUGGGACAGGCUUCUUCUGCAGGAGGUGGCCUCAACUCCGGGCCCUGGAGCCUGGAGUGUGCUGGUCCUGGAUGAAGCUCAGGAGAGGUCACUGGCCUCAGAUUCACUCCAGGGGCUGCUGCGAGAUGCCAGUCUGGGAAACCUUCCAGGGGACCCCAGAGUGGUGGUAGUUACUGACCCAGCCCUUGAACCUAAGCUCCAAGCCUUCUGGGGCAAUCCUCCAACUCUGCAUUUAUCCAGAAAACCUGGUGGGAGUCCCACCCCUAUCUACAGGGACACUGUCCCGACUGACCGGGUGGAAGCUGCCUGCCAAGCCGUACUUGAGUUGUGUCAGAAGGAUGCUCCAGGAGAUGUGCUAGUGUAUCUGCCCAGUGAGGAGGAAAUUUCCCUGUGCUGUGACUCCUUGUCCAUGGAGUUGGGAACCCUGGCUGUCCCUGGGCUUCUACCACGGGUGCUGCCUCUUCACCCAAGCUGUGGUCAAGCCAUUGAGGCUGUGUACGAGGACAUAGAAACAGAUGUCCGGAAAGUGGUGGUCACUCAUUGGCUGGCUGACUUCUCCUUCUCCCUCCCUUCCAUUGGACAUGUCAUUGACUCAGGACUGGAACUUCGAAGUGUUUACAAUCCUCGGAUCCGAGCUGAAUCCCAAGUGUUGAGACCAAUUAGCAAGUGUCAGGCUGAGGCAAGACAGCAGCGGGCAAGAGGUUUCCCAGCAGGAUCCUGCCUUUGCCUGUAUCCUAAGUCCCUCCUAGAACUAGAAGCUCCCCUGCUGCCCCGCCCCAGAGUGUGUGAAGAGAAUCUAAGCUCCCUCGUAUUACUACUAAAGAGAAAACAAAUUGCAGCGCCAGGGGAAUGCCAUUUCCUGGACCGGCCUGCACCAGAAGCCCUGAUGCAAGCCCUGGAAGACUUAGACUACCUGGCAGCACUGAAUGAUGAUGGGGACCUGUCAGACCUGGGAAUCAUCCUGUCAGAAUUCCCUCUGUCCCCCGAGUUGGCCAAAGCCCUGUUGGCCUCAUGCGAGUUUGACUGUGUGGAUGAGAUGCUCACCCUUGCUGCCAUGCUCACUGCAGCCCCUGGGUAUACUCGUCCUCCACUGUGUGCAGAAGAAGCUGCCCUGCGUCGGGCCCUGGAACACGCUGAUGGCGACCACAGCUCUCUGAUCCAGGUUUAUGAGGCCUUUAUACAAAAUGGAGCAGAGGUGGCUUGGUGCCAGGCUCGGGGUCUAAACUGGGCAGCAUUAUGCCAAGCCCGUAAACUCCGAGAAGAACUCCUAGAACUCAUGCAGCGAAUCGAACUUCCCCUGUCCCAGCCAGCUUUCGGCACUGAGCAGAAUCGCAAAAACCUUCAGAAAGCACUGGUUUCAGGAUACUUCCUCAAGGUGGCACGAGACACAGAUGGGACUGGAAAUUACCUGCUGCUCACCCACAAGCACGUAGCCCAGCUGUCUUCAUACUGCUGCUACCAAAACCGCAGGGCUCCAACCAGACCGCCACCAUGGGUGCUCUACCACAGUUUCUCCAUAUCCAAAGACAACUGCCUUUCCAUUGUUUCUGAGAUUCAACCUCAGAUGCUGGUGGAGUUGGCCCCUCCAUACUUCCUGAGUAACUUGCCCCCCAGUGAGAGCAGAGACCUCCUGAACCAGAUGAGGGAAGGAAUGGCGGACUCGAAAGCACAGAGUGAAUCUUCCUCUCCCCAGGACUUCAGAGAUGCCUGUGUCCUGCAGUGAGCUGCCUGUUAAGAGCUGGCACCAAAGGAGUGAGCCAGACUUAGAAACCCAAAGUGUAGGAUCAGUUAUAUAUCCCGGAACACAAGAGCAGAGAAAUGGGCUGGCAGGGGAGGGAACUGA